ACCGCCAGCAAAAAGCCCCCGCAGCAGCGCGAGCGCAAAAAAAGCCUCCGCGCCACGCGCUGAGCUCACACGAAGCCCUCUCGCACGCGGAUCCGCCGCCUUUCCCAUCAAUGCCUCCUGGAUAACAGUCAACUCCAACUCGGUCUUCCUUUUUUUCCCAGUACGCUCUCACCGUGACGGACCGGAGCUGCUUGGCUUGCUUUCUUUCUGUCUUUUUUUCCACACUCAGCGCACGCGGAGCGAAGAGUUUAGGAUGAGCGAACGGAAUCUAACUGCUGCUCAGACCGGCGCUGCUUAAGGGGGACAACUUCCAGCGGAGUUCUCAACCGUUACUUACUCUUUUUUAGCGCGCGGAAGGAAGCGUCAGUCCCGGCGAGGCGCGCGUGGUGUGAAUUGAAUCUUUCCGCGCUUUGAAGAGAGAGAGAGAGAGAGAGAGAGAGAGAGGUGCAUAGGGUUCUUGGGAGGGAAGAAACCGGCACUGUCCAUUCUGUCCAUUCUCUCUGAGCCUGAUGGUGCGCGCAGAGGCUCGCGCGCACUCCCUCUGUCUCUCUGAGCGGGACUGCAGCUCUGCGCCGGGAUUCGCUGGCUGAGGUGGCUGGGGCUCCGCGCGUGCUUUACUGGGGCGGCCAACGGUGGAAACAGGUGGAUCUGACCAAGAUGUCUGGGCUGCCUUCGAGGUUCAUCUACGUGUGUUUACAUUUUCUAGUCCUCUACUUCCAGCUACAGGAGUCUCAUCAGAGUUCUGCAGACUUCCGCUUCUACAUUGAGAACCACACUCGGGACGACGUGAGUCGGAAGCAGGUGCGGAUAUACCAGCUGUACAGCCGGACCACGGGGAAGCAUGUGCAAAUUCUCGGCAAGAAGAUCAACGCCAAUGGAGACGAUGGGGCUCUCCUCGUGGUUGAGACAGAGACAUUCGGAAGUCAUGUUCGAAUAAAAGGAAAAGAGAGUGGUUAUUAUAUCUGCAUGGACAAGAAUGGCAAAAUUAUCGGCAAGCUCAACGGGAGUAACCCAGAGUGUGUGUUCGUGGAGGAGUUCUUGGAAAACAACUACACAGCGUUAAUGUCUGCCAAGUUCAAAGGCUGGUACCUGGGCUUCAACCGCAAGGGCCGGCCCAAGAAAGGCUCUCGGACCACACAGACACAGCAAGAAGUGCAUUUCAUGAAGAGAGACCCCAAGGGUAAGGUGGACCCUCAGGAGGAGUUCCGUUUCACCACGGUAACGAAACGGACACGUAGGGCACGGCGUUUAAGGCCCAAUCCCAAAACGAACUGAGGUGGCACGGACUUAGCAUGCACUGUUCCUUUUUUUGUGAACAUCUCAAGCUUCUUGCCUUAAAGCAGCGUAAAGACUAUUGCGACUACGCAGCAGGAAAACGAACGAUGGCUACAGGAGAUAAAAAGCUUCAAAAAAGAAAAGAUGUUUUAUUUUUAUAUUUCAGGAGCUUUGAGUAUCUCCCAAGUGUUGAAUGUUUCUGGGUUAUCAUUAAUGUAAUAUUGUGUCUGUUACUUUAUUUAUAUUGGAUAAACUAAGGAUGACAAAAAAGGAACUGAUGUCUCCUGCAUUGACAAGUUUACAGCAGCAGGCAUCCUGUUGAAAGGAAGAGAGAUUUGACUACACCUGAGAAAAACAAAAAAAAACUUCUUAUUUUCAUAUUGGGUUGCCCCUGACAAGUAGGAUCCAAUAUUUUCCACUGGAAUGGACUGUCAUGGAGAUGCAAUGACAGAGUGAUAACAGCAGUCACAUGACCCUUACAGGCCUCCACAGGUAAACGUGAAGCUUCGAGUGCAAUAUUUUGAAGGCCCCCUUUUUUCUCCCUUCUUUUUCUGCUGGAUGCUUUCCUCUGGGCAGCCCUUGCUCCGAGCUUCGCAGUCCUUUCCGCGGGUAAAAUGUGUGCAAAUGCACGGAGCGCUGUACGGUUCCUUUUUACAUUUUUGUGCAACCUGUGAUUCAGCAGAGCACAACAUGCUUUGACUAGCCAGGCAUCGGCUAUGGCGGUAGUUCUUGUUAAAACAAACAAAGCCUGGAGUUGAAGGGACUGGGAGAGCGAAGCGUGUUGAUUUGAUGAGAACCUUUUGACCUUUCUUGCUGUAAAGUGAUGCAAAGGUUACGAGAAUGCGCUGUGAUGACAACGGGCUUGAUCUCAGACACUAGGAUACAAACACAGUGUACUUUUACAGCUGCGAACUGUUUCUUUUCUAAGCGACACAGGAUUCACAGCAUAGAAGAAUUGUCCUAAGUCAGCAGUCCAUUUCCUCAACAGAUUUGAUGCAUUGCGCUCAGUUCCUGUACUAUGAACACUUUUCUUGGUUAAAUAAAGCCUAUAUUAUGCCCAAAUCAGAUCAGUCAGCCUAUAGGAUCAGCUAAGAAAGUUUCUGCUCUAUUCUAGAUCUCUAUUUGUGAACUCCUUCUGUCUCUGAUGGUUUAAACACAAGUGCAUACAGUAUGUAGAAGACAUAUGUGACUAAAGCUUUAUACAGGACCAUUGUGAACUGAGCUGCAGUGCCCGCGGAAGGCCUCCUACUCCACUCUCUCAUGGUGAGAUCUGCUCUUCAUAUGGGUGAAGCUGUAGUGUAAACAAUUCUAUAUACUCCUUUGUCACAUGACAGGUUUUGUAUGAGAUGCUACUAACAAACAUGACACAUGUAUGGUUUUAAAAAAAUGUAUGCAAAAAAGUAAUAAUAAUUUUAUGACUAUUAUAAAAUAUUUAUUGCCUUUCUCUGUAAAUACAACCUGAUGAAUUUA